AUGGUCAAUUCAUGCUCUAUUCUCACUGCCCUUCUCGUCGUCGGGACUGUUGUACUCGCUGUCCCUAUCGUCCCUGAGGGUAUUGCCAGUACUGGGAUGUCUGAAGGCAUCGGAUUUCAGCCAAGAAGCAGAAGCAUGGAUCCAGGAUACAGCGAACCCGGUCUCCCAAUCAGAACGAGGCAGCAUGAUGAUAUUUCACGAGGACCCCCAGCUGCUGAAGGCAGGCCUGGUCCACAACCAUCAAGGUCAUUUCAACGUCGUGAUCCCAAAGGCAUAGCUCAUCAGGAAAUGCUGGACUACGUCAAGAAGUACCCAGUACUUCCCCCGAAAUACAAACAGAUAGUGGAACAAGUUGACCAUAUGAUGCAUACAGGAAAAUCCGAUUCUCAUCCAGACAAAACGACUGCUGCUUUUCAAAAUAUCCUCAAAGUAGGCUCCAUGUACGAACUUAUCAAGAUGUACAUAGAGCAGAAUGGUCCGAGUGGGACUAGUCCUAUAAAACUGGAAAGAAUUCGUGGCGGUUUUGAGAGAGGGGAAGAUUUGGAUGUACUCGCACGUAUAGCAAAUACACCAAACUCGGAAUAA